GAGGAACUAAUAACCCGAACCUUUCUGGAUUUCUGUUGACGACGCUAAAAUUGAACUCGAGACGAGAGCGUUGUCUCUCACAAAAUCGAUCAUCGAGGUUUGUCUCCUCGAGCCUUGGUGAACUCCAACGACGGCAAAGACAAAUCGACCCUCUCGAAAGUCUCGAACUACAGUCGUAGGAAGAAAACAAGAAGAAGAUGGAGUUCGAGUACGACAAAUUUGACGAGCUUGAUGAUUUCGGUGGCGGCUUGGUAGAUGGCGAGAAUGGUGACGACGAGUCUCUCGAUGACGGUUUCGGUGGAUUUGACGGAUAUGGCGUCAAUGGUGUUUCUCGGAGCGAUGAUUUUCAUUCCUCGCCACCGCGCGCGUCUCGAACCGCUGCACUACUUGAACUUGAUGCUUUUCCCUAUGCUACACCACCAAGUGAACGCCGAUCUUCUCAUGAGAAGGAUGAUACGGCCGUGAUGGAUCGAUCCGACGACAAGAGUCCGGCGAAAGUGGCCAGUAGUCCGAGCGACGUCGGAUUGCAACCCGCUGCUGCUUCGGCCACGAAGAAACGCAAAAGUCCCGUACAAGAAUCGAGCAACGAUGACUCGCAGCCAGAGCCAAAGAACUUGAAAAAGGAACCCAAGCCAGAUCUUUCCUGGAGCGUCGACGCCAAGAAUUCUGCCACGUACACUGACUGGGCAAUUGAAAUCACUGCCUUGCGACAAUCACCCACUAUCUACCACGUUCACAAGUGCAUCUUGGUCACUGGAGAGCGCAACAGCGCCUACUUCGCCAAGGCUUUUCUGAAUGAGUCCAGCAAAUCGAACGAUAUCCAGACAUCGACCACUCGCGUCAAGUUGUGUUUUUGCGUCGCACGCGACUUUUCUCAUCUACUUGACUACAUCUAUCUCAGCCCUGGCGAGGUCCAGUCAUUCUUGAAGGAUUUAGAACCGAAGAAAACUGCUGCGCUCUGGUAUCUUGCUGACUAUUUUGGAGUCCGUUCUCUUCCGAUUGAAGAGAAAGUCAUGGGCGACAUGUCCAUCGACAGCGUGCAUUGCUACUACGUAUGGGCCAAUCUCCUUCGCCACGACCCACUCAAGAAAACGUCGACACAUUUCCUCGCCAAAGAGAUUGCAAACAAUGGAAUUACCAUCGACUCUUCGGCGCUAUUCGAGAAUGUCACUCUUUGGCUCGACGUAUUGGCGCAUGAUUGUGUCCGUUCUGGAGGAGAAGUCUCCUUGCGUCUCAGCAAGGUGGUCGCGGCCCUAUACCAGAACUCGCCAGACACAAUGGAUCUGCCAACAUUUCAGAUGCUCACGGAUGAGAAAAUCUUGCCUACGAUCGACAGUUCGGUGGCUCUUGUCUUGUGUGACAUGGAAGAGAGCUUGGAAGCUGACACGAAGCCUGGUGGCAAAGACGACUCUGGAGGGGAAGUCCUAUCCUCCCUUCAACAGCGCUGUGCCAUUGCAUUCAGCCACAGUCCUCCUACGGACGACGACAAGGAACUUGUCAGUCUACUCAACCAACGAAAGAAAUCGUUCUGUGUUCAAGUUUGCGUCAUGUCCAUGAAAAAUCAGCGCGAGCACGCCAACAAGAAUUGAAUGCUCCCUAGUCCAAAAACAUUUCAUUCCAACAGGGCAGCAAUUUCGAGAGCUUCUGGACGUUUCCAACCUCCGGCGAUCUGGCCCAGCAAUCAGCCAAUUCACUACACAUCAAUGCUCGUGGUUCAAUGUUUGUCUUUACCACACGUGUGUUCAACUGAAUGUAAUCACUCUGCUCUCUCAAGAUCAUGACCCAAAAAUCGGCGCUUCCUUUAGCUAAAAAUACCACAAGGGAGAGUAGUACCGGUACGAUGUAUUCUAAAAUAGACUUCUGGAUCCAAAUCAUAAGUUGAUAGAUGCUGUGUUUUGUCGUGC